CCUGUCUGCGUCUGUGUGUGAGCGAGCGGCACAUGGCGGCCCCCCCAGCUGCAUCCUGCCCCCCUCCACCGCCCCGCAGCCGCCGCUGAGCCGCCCUCAGCCCGUGAUUCCGCCCGACCGGCCCGCCAUGGGGGUGCAGGGCUUCCAGGAGUACAUCGAGCGGCGCUGCCCGGGCGCGGUGGUGCCGGUGGAGCUGCAGAGACUGGCCCGGGGGGCCCUGGUGGGGGGCGGCCGGCAGAGACCUCCCCAGAGCCCGCUCCGCCUGCUGCUGGAUGCCGACAACUGCCUGCACCGCCUGUAUGGGGGCUACUACACCGACUGGGUGUCCGGGGGCCAGUGGCGGCACAUGCUGGCCUACCUGGCGGCCCUGGCCCAGGCCUGCCUCUCCGGCAACAUCCAGCUCCUCGUCUUCUUCAACGGCGCCCUGGACAAGGCCCGGCUGCACGAGUGGGUGAAGCGGCAGGGCAGCGAGCGCCAGUGCGCCCAGCACAUCGUCAGCCACGUGCAUGGCAAGGGCACCCCGCCGCCCAAAGUCUGGUUCCUGCCGCCGGUGUGCAUGGCUCACUGCAUCCGCCUGGCCCUGCUGCGCUGCCGCGUCAAGGUUGCCCAGAGCAUUGAGGAUCACCACCAAGAGGUGAUCGCUUUCUGCCGGGAGAACGGUUUCCACGGCUUGGUGGCGUACGACUCGGACUACGCGCUCUGCAACAUCCCGUAUUAUUUCAGUGCCCACGCGCUAAAGCUGAGCCGCAACGGCAAGAGCCUCACGACGAGCCAGUAUCUGAUGCACGAAGUGGCCAAACAGCUGGACCUCAACCCAAACCGCUUCCCCGUUUUUGCUGCUCUGCUGGGUAAUCACAUUCUGCCCGAUGAAGAUUUGGCCGCCUUCCACUGGAGCCUCCUCGGUCCUGAACACCCGCUGGCGUCUCUCAAGGUCCGCGCUCACCAGCUCGUAUUACCACCCUGCGAUGUAGUGAUUAAAGCCGUCGCCGACUACGUGCGCAACAUUAAAGACACUAAUAAUCUGGAUGCCAUCGCCAGCGAUGUUUUUCAGCACUCGCAGUCCAGAACCGACGACAAAGUCUCCCGCUUCAAGAGAGCUGUUGGCUAUUACAGAGCCACCAACAAGCCCUCGUAUCCCGCGGGUCCGCAUGCAGCCAGGACCGGCCCUGGUGGAGUCCCCGGUAUUUCGCCACCGUACAACCUGAACAUUCCGCACGCCAACGUACAAUCAAAGCCCGCGGUUCCACACGGCGCUCCCGGCAAAGCUCCGUAUCAGUACAACCAUCCUGAACCCGCUGCCGCCACAGGGGCCAGAGCUGCGCCUGAGCAGAAUAACUACAGUAACAUUCCUAAUGACGGGAAACACACUCCUCUGUACGAACGGUCGUCCCCAAUAAACCCGGCGCAUGGUGGGGGCUCGACCCAGGCCGACCCCACCUGCCCUCCCGGCUCUUCACCUUCAUCCUCCUCAGACAACGAUGAAGGCAACGAAGGGGGAUCAGCCAAUCAUGUUGCAGGAACCAAGUCUGGUUGGGACAAGAAGGGAAAACCAGAAAAGGCAGGCAAGAAAGACCCCGCAGACCAAGCAAAGGUGGUCAAUUCUUCACCUGCCUCAUCUGGCAACAAAAUGUCAGAAAAGAAAGGAAGCCAGGCCAGUGGUGCGCAGAUUCCGUGCCUGCUGUCUAUGCCAACCCGAAACCACAUGGAUAUCACUACCCCACCUCUGCCUCCUGUGGCACCUGAAGUAAUGAGAGUCGCAGAGCAUCGGCACAAGAAAGGGUUAAUGUACCCUUAUAUCUUCCACAUCCUGACAAAGGGAGAAAUUAAAAUUCCAGUUGCCGUUGAAGAUGAAAUGAAUAAGGACCUGCCCCCGGCGGCGGUGCUGUACCGGCCUCUACGCCAGUACGUUUACGGGGUCCUCUUUAGCCUGGCAGAAAGCCGGAAGAAGACCGAAAGGCUGGCUUUCCGCAAGAACAGGAUGCCCCCAGAAUAUUACCCGGUGAUUAUUAAAGAAUGGGCAGCCUACAAGGGGAAGUCGCCCCAAACACCUGAGCUGGUGGAAGCCCUGGCCUUCAGGGAGUGGACCUGCCCAAACUUAAAGAAGCUCUGGUUGGGUAAGGCGGUGGAGGAUAAAAACCGGAGGAUGAGGGCUUUCCUGGCAUGUAUGAGAUCGGACACCCCAGCAAUGCUGAACCCGGCCAACGUUCCAACUCACCUUAUGGUCCUGUGCUGCGUCUUGCGGUACAUGGUGCAGUGGCCGGGAAUCCGAAUCCUGCGCCGUCAGGAGCUCGAUGCCUUCCUAGCGCAGGCUCUGUCUGCCAAAAUGUAUGAGCCAGACCAGCUGCAGGAGCUGAAGAUCGAUAACUUGGACUCCAGAGGGAUUCAACUGUCUGCUCUAUUUAUGAGCGGGGUAGAUAUGGCCCUCCUGGCGAAUGACGCUUGUGGACAGCCCAUCCCUUGGGAGCACUGCUGCCCCUGGAUGUAUUUUGAUGGGAAGUUAUUCCAGACCAAGCUCAUUAAAGCCACCAGGGAGAAAGCAUCGCUCAUUGACCUCUGUGAUGGUCAGGCAGAACAGGCUGCCAGGGUAGACAAGAUGCGUCAGAGCAUUCUGGAGGGGCUACAUUUCUCCAGACAGAGCCACCCGUUACCAUUCCCGCCGCCGCCGCCCGCCAUGCCUUUCUAUCCCGCUGCCAUGUACCCUCGGCCAUUCGGACCUAUACCACCACCUCCAGGCAGAGGGAGAGGGUUCUCUGGGGUCCAACCUAUUCCUUCUCAUGGAGGAAAGCUUGAGAUUGCGGGCACCGUGGUCGGACAGUGGGCCGGAGCGAGGCGCCCGCGCGGCAGAGGAACGUUUCCCCUGCAGGUUGUUUCUGUGGGGGGACCACAUCGAGGGCGUCCCAGAGGAGUCAUAUCCACCCCGGUUAUAAGAACGUUUGGAAGAGGGGGCAGAUACUAUGGUAGAGGAUCUAAAAACCAAGCGGCACCUCAGAUCAAACCUCCAUACGCUGCUUCAGCGGAAGAAGUAGCCAAAGAGCUUAAGACGCAAUCGGAGGGGUCGAAAUCUUCAGCCGUAUCAUCGGAUGGAUCUGUGGCAGAAAACGGGGUGGUGAACGAGGAUGUUCCAGCGUCCCAAGUAAACGGGGGCUCUGAAGACGCGGGGGCCUCCAAUCACUCUGAAAGUGCCUUAAGCAAUGACUCUAAAACGUGCAAUACCAAUCCUCACUUAAAUGCACUAAAUGCAGACAGCGAACGGCCCACGGACGAAAGUCCUGAGACUGCUGUCUUAAAAAAAGAAGAGUAAGCUUAUUUUUCUAGAGGGUGAAGAACGUUAGAAAGGUCUGGGUAGGAAGAUCUAGAAGGAAGGAGCCUACAGUUAUGUACAUUUUUUCCUUUCCGUAAGUGAAAAAUGAACAUUGGAAAUUCUGAUCCCUCUGUCAGACAAAAAAAAGAGUUAAAAAAGGAAAGAUUUUAUUUUUUAACCAGUUGUAGUCAAACUGCUACAGAAAAGCCAAGAGAAACGAAGAGCAUUUGACUCCCAUAUACUAAAACACAUAGAAAGCUGUAACUGGUUAUAACAGAAACAACCGCUUCUAGUUCUUUCUCGAGCUAUUAAACUACGCUAGUUUGUUGGCAGUUUUUUCAGUAUAGCUUAAACUAUUAAUUUGUAGUUUUUGGCACCACCUGUUUGCCAUUAUAUUUGAUUUUACGUAAUUGUGUCACGAAGCAGGCUGUCCGGUUUUACGAUAAUGAACGUAGAGACGUGGCACAAAUAGUUAUUUGUUUAAAACGUCACCUCUGAGGUGUGCGACCUAUUGGAACAAAACGCGAUAGGGUAACACUUCAGAUCUUAAAUACUCAUAUUACUAAAGCGAGUGAAACCAUAGAAAAAUCAAGCAACUUUUUUUCUUUCUUCAAACAUAUGUGUUGGGAACGUUUUCCGUGAGUUAAUCCCAAGCGUCCGUGAACAAUGAACUGUGGUUUUUCAAUCGGAUGUAGACCAUUUAGUACUUCUACUGACCUGAUCUCCUGCAUGGUCCAUCAUUUUUAAGUGUGUAGGUGAUAUUAUGCAUGUUAUCGUCCUAAUUCUGCCGUUCCUAAAAGUAAUGUGCCCAUCAACAAUACACAAAAAACUAAUAAUCAGUACUAGUUCGUUGGAAGAUGUUUAAUAUGUUUAGUCGCUGACUGAUCUUGCGCUAACCUUUACAAUUUUGUGAUUAUCGACCUCUGUUGCAUUUACUCUAAAACACAAAAAAAAUUAUCUAGGCGUUUUAAAUAUUGACGUUACCCUGUUGUACUCAUUGCUGUAAGCAUUAUUCUCUGUUGCUAUUUUAUGCUUUCUUUAACAAAUAUAAAAUUCUGUGGGGGGGGGAUUCAUAAAAAAAAAAUUAAACUGCUUUGAUCUUUAAUAAGUUCCCCCCUUCUGUAGCAGGGAAAGGAUAGCUUGUUCCUAAUCCCUCUUCGUUUGGGAAUCUAGUCUCAGCAGAAAGCAAAGUAUACCUCUCGGCAUAUUUUUUUGGGUGUUUCUCUUAGUGUUUCCAGACUUUUAAAUGUACUUUUUUGAAAAUCAGAAUCCCUUCUCUUUGUUUUCAUUUAAUAAUACUGAUGCUCUUCAUUAAACAUUAGUGAUCAGAAAUGAGCUGUCAUAUUUCGAGUCCCUUCCCGCAAGAGAUUAGUAGGCAUUUUAAUGUAAGUUGAACGGAGUUCUGCCCCAACUCAUGGAUUGUGCAAGAAUGAACUACUGUUGGGUUUGGCUGGUCCUUGAUGGAUUGCGGUGUGUACUGUUUGAAGGCUAUUGAAUGCAACUUACAAUGCUUAAUAAAAAUCUUUAUUCUUUUAGUAUAAAA